ACGCCGACUACGAGGCUCUCGGCGUGGAGGAGGGCGGCGAGGACGAGGCGGCCGACGACGAUGCCCUGGAGGACGAGUCGGCCGGCGGCGCCGCCUGGGGCAAGCGCAAGGGCUCCUACUACAGCGCCGACUACGUGGACGAGGACUGGCGCGGCGCCACGCGCGAGGAGACGCUGGAGAUGGCCGAGCUGGAGGAGCGCGAGGCGCGCGCCAUCCAGCGCCGGCUCGCCCAGCAGCUGGAGGAGCACGAGCUCGAGUUCGGGCUGGCCACUGUGCAGCAGCCGGCGCCGGAGGCGGCCAGCGCCCACACCGAGACGGUGCCGCUGGACACGAGCCGGCUCUCGCGCGCCGAGAAGCUGGACCUGCUGAAGAAGCAGCACCCGGAGCUGCUGCCGCUCAUCGAGGAGUUCCGCUCCCGUUGGACGGAGCUCGCCGCCGUGGUGAACCCCAUCUACCGGCUGGUGCAGGAGGGCAAGGUGUCGGGCGGUGCCGGCGCCGCCUACGUCACGGCUAAGCACCGGCUGCUGCUGGUCUACUGCCUCAACAUCAGCUUCUACCUGGGCCUGCGCGCAGCCGGCCGGCCCACCGCCACCCACCCGGUGAUGCGGCGCAUCGCCCAGUACGGCAAGCUGCUGCAGGCGCUGGGCCCGGCGGACGAGGCGAUGGAGGCGCAUAUGGCGCGCGUGUCGCAGCAGCUGGCGGACGGGGUGGAGCUGCAGGCGGCGGCGGUGCUCCCCAGCGCUGCAGAUCAGAAGACUAAACCAUCGGCUGCCAAGCGGUUGCGGCUCAGCAAGCGCCGUCCAACGGUCGAGACGGACACUGCUCCUUCUGGUGUCGACCAAAAGCUGGCAGCACUGACCAUGGAGAUCGACGCUCUCGAGAAAGAGAAGAAACGCGUGGCUGAAGCCAAGGAGGCCGCCGGCCCGACCUUCACCGAGCUGCGCCAGGCGGGUCAGGCGCGACACAACCCGCUCACGCCCUUCAGGAAGAAGGACCGGCCCGGCCAGCAGUACCAGACGGACGCCCCCGACCAGGAGGCAACGAAGCGCAGCAUCACCUACGAGAUGGCCAAGAACAAGGGCCUAAUGCCCAAGCGGAGCAAAGAGAGCCGCAACCCCCGCGUCAAGCACAAGGAGAAGUUCAAGCGGGCGCUGAAGAAGCGCAGGAGUCUGGUAAGGCAGCUUUGUCGCUCUGAGUUGCAGCGUUACGGCGGCGAAGUGUUCGGCAUCCGGAUGGGCGCCGUCAAGAGUGUGCCCAUCAGGUAGUCACAUCCGGAGCGGCCUCAGGCGUCUCCUGGGGACGGCGCCGGCCGCCGCUGCUGGGCGCGGAGGCGCGGCCCGUCCCGUGCGCUUCGCCCGCCGGUCGCCCCGUGCGGGUCGCAGUGGCGUGAUUGGCUGUCUGACGGCGCUGUACUGUUCGCCGCGCGCU